AAUUUCAAAUCCCCCGCGUCUCACCCUCACCACCCCUAUAAAACUUCCCCCAAAACCCCCCAAUCGUCUCCACACCCUUCAAAUCUAUUCCCCGAAAUACCCAACUUUGUUCCCGAAAUACCCCUCCGAAAAUGCCCUCAAUGCCCUCCCCCAUCGCCGACGAGCCCCUCCUAGCCCCCAACCCCGACCGAUUCUGCAUGUUCCCGAUCAAGUACCCCUCGAUCUGGGAGAUGUACAAGAAGGCCGAGGCCUCGUUCUGGACCGCCGAGGAGGUCGAUCUCAGCCAAGAUAUCCGCCACUGGGACCAAACCCUAACCGCCGACGAGCGCCACUUCGUCACCCACGUCCUCGCCUUCUUCGCCGCCUCCGACGGCAUCGUCCUGGAGAACCUCGCCGGCCGUUUCAUGAAGGAGGUCCAGGUCGCCGAGGCCAGGGCCUUCUACGGCUUCCAGAUCGCCAUCGAGAACAUCCACUCCGAGAUGUACUCGCUUCUCCUCGAAUCCUACAUCAAGGACUCCGAUGAAAAGAGCCGCCUUUUUCACGCCAUCGAGACCAUCCCUUGCGUCGCCAAGAAGGCCGAGUGGGCGCUGAAGUGGAUCGAUGGCUCAGAGUCUUUCGCCGAGAGAUUGAUCGCUUUUGCUUGCGUCGAAGGGAUUUUCUUCUCCGGGAGCUUUUGUGCCAUUUUCUGGCUUAAAAAGCGCGGAUUGAUGCCGGGGUUAACCUUUUCAAACGAGCUCAUAUCUCGAGACGAAGGCCUCCAUUGCGAUUUCGCUUGCUUGUUGUAUUCUCUGCUGAACAACAAGCUGAGCGAAGAGAGUGUGAAGGGGAUUGUGAAGGAUGCUGUUGAUAUCGAACGGGAGUUUGUUUGCGAUGCUCUGCCGGUUGCUUUGGUCGGGAUGAAUGGGGAUCUGAUGAGUGAAUAUAUUGAAUUCGUGGCUGACCGCUUGUUGGGGGCUUUGGGGAUUGAAAAGUUGUAUGGAGCUUCGAACCCGUUUGAUUGGAUGGAGUUGAUUUCGUUGCAGGGGAAGACGAACUUCUUCGAGAAGAGGGUAGGGGAUUACCAGAAGGCGUCGGUGAUGUCAAGCUUGAACGGGAAUGGGACGGGGACCAUCCUCGAGUUCAAGAUGGAUGAGGACUUCUGAAGGUCCGGAUUUGGUUUGGGUAUUUUAUGUAAUAUUAAGCUCUUUUCCUUGCUCAUGUUCGUUUUCAGAUGUUGUAAUGUUUAGUUUGUUAGUGAUGUUUCUUCUCGAACUAUCCAUAAGGUAUCUAGUAUAGUUGUGAUCAAGGUUCCUUUUUCAAAUCAAAAAAAAAAAAAAAUGUAAAUAAGGUUCCUCCUGUUUGUUGUGUUCGCUGGUUGAAUGAGCUCUUUUAAAUAUGUGAUGUUUGA